AUGAUUCUUGACGAAACGACUACAAUUGCUAGAAUUCCAGACUUCGAAGUUGGCCAAAAUGUGUUUCUUGCAGCACAUGACGAUUCAGAAGUUGUUCCCAAGAUUCUUGCAAAAAUAAAGGAAAAAGACAUGGCACCAUAUUACAAAUACCUUCAUGAUGACCUCAAACUACAAAAUCUCGAAUGGGAUCAGUCGCUGUAUGACGAGAUGACAGCAAACAACAACAAAAAGGUGAAAGAACUCAAGGAUGAGAUCGAGAAACUCAAUGAUGAGGAUGAGGGCGAAAUAGAGAUCUUGAAGAAAUGGAUCCAGCUUGCUGAGUAUUACGCUUCUAUUGGAGACAAGGAUGAAACGGUUGCCACGAUUGAUAAAACUAUAAAGUUGGCACCAUCAACUGGUUCAAAAAUUGAUCUAUAUCUCACAGUUUCUCGUGUUGGUUUCUUUUAUGACGACAAGCCAUUCACAAAACAGUACUUGGACAAGGCCAACGGACUUAUCGAGAAGGGCGGAGAUUGGGAGAGGAGAAACAGAUACAAGACUUACAUGGGAAUAUAUCUAAUGUCAACCAGGAAGUUUUCGGAAGCUGCGAAAUUGUUGAUUGACUGUCUUUCAACUUUUACGUCGACUGAACUUGCCACGUAUGAAGAGGUGGCGCAGUACUCUUUAAUAUGCGGGUCGGUUGCUCUCAGCCGGCCCGACUUGAAGAAGAAGCUUCUUGAAUCACCGGAGAUUCUUUCAAUUAACUCGACAUCCGAGAAGUUGACUCCUGUCUACAAGUUGAUCGAAUCUUUGCACUCGUGCGAGUAUCAGAGCUUUUUCCCAAUGCUCUUGAGAACCAGUAAAGAGAUUUUGACGAAAAACAAGUACUUGUAUCCCCAUGCAAAUUACUACAUGCGUGAAUUGCGAUGCAGGGCAUACUCGCAACUUUUGGAGAGUUACAAGUCGAUAUCCAUAAAGUCCAUGGCCAACUCGUUUGGUGUGUCUGUGGAAUUUUUGGAUGCCGAUCUCUGCAAGUUUAUUCCUUCCAAGAGACUCAACUGUGUCAUAGAUCGCAUUAAUGGGGUUAUCGAGACCAACCGGGUUGACAACAAAAAUGCACAGUAUCAUUUGCUUAUCAAGAAUGGAGAUGCACUCUUGACAAAAUUACAAAAAUACGGCGCAGCGGUUCGUCUUAGUGGUGCAGAGAAGGUUUGA